CCACAGUUGUGGGGAAAUGGCUGCCUUCUUGCUUUGGUAAUCCAGAAGAUAAACUGCAGUAUUCCUAACACAGUUUGGAGUCUGUUUUGUGAAACAUUGCUGCUGUGAAUGAUCCAUUCAGAGAAACGGGGAGAAUCUCCUAGAGUGAAGGAGAAGAUGGAGAUGCUUGCAGUACGUGGCCAGGAGACCGUGUUACAAGAAUUGAGCCUGUUCUGUAAAAGAGAUGUCAAUGGAGUUGGAGUGUUAUACGACCUGCUCAGAUCUCCCUGGCUGCAAGCUCUCCUAAAGGUUUAUGAAUGCCUCCAUCAAUCUAUCAGAAAAAAACCAGUCCCAGUCACACCCCAAGCGCGUGCACUAUCUCGUGAGGUGGUGGAGUUGUUGCGUGGAGUCCCUCAAUCCACAGAGAUCAGAGAGCUGAGACGACUUCUGCGAAAUCCAAACUUGAAGGCCUUACUAUCAGCUCAUGAUACUGUGGCCCAGAAAGAUUUUGAACCAAUCCUUCCCCCUCUACCAGAUAACAUCCCUGAAAAUGAAGAGGCCAUGAGGAUUGUCUGCUUAGUGAAAAACAAGCAGCCCCUGGGUGCCACCAUUAAACGCCAUGAGAUAACGGGGGACAUUGUGGUUGCCAGGGUGAUCCAUGGUGGGCUAGCAGACAGAAGUGGAUUGUUGUAUGCCGGAGACAAGCUGGUAGAGGUGAAUGGAGUUUCAGUGGAGGGACUAGAGCCAGAGCAAGUUAUCCACAUUCUGUCUCUGUCCCAGGGAACAAUUAUGUUCAAACUGAUUCCAGUUUCUGAACGGCCAGUCAGCAACCAAACAACACUCUAUGUGCGAGCAAUGGCAGAUUACUGGCCCCUGCAGGACCCUGCCAUACCUUGUGCUGAUGCAGGCUUGCCCUUUAAAAAGGGUGAAAUCCUUCAGAUUGUUGACCAGAAUGAUGUCCUCUGGUGGCAGGCAAGGCAAGUCUCAGACCUGAGUGCCUGUGCUGGGCUGAUACCAUCAAACCAUCUUCUGAAGAGGAAGCAGCGAGAAUUCUGGUGGUCUCAGCCCUUCCAGCCCCAUGUCUGUCUCAAAUCAACAAUAUUGAGUACUGUGGAAGAAGAGGACGACAUGCAGAUUGAUGAGAAGUGUGUAGAAACAGAUGAAGAAACAUUUGAGUCUGAGGAGCUUAAAGAAGAAGAGGAGGAAUUCAGUGGUUCUGGCCAACGGGUCUUUAUUGCUGGUUUCCGUAGAAGCAUGCGUCUGUGCCGCAGGAAAUCCCAGAACAGCCAGCAGCCCUGUUACGCACGGUGUCCCAGCAGCUGUUACAGCGCAGCAGCAGCAGCCCCUUAUGAGGAGGUGGUGAGAUACCAGCGACAUCCCACAGAUCGAAACCGACUAAUUGUGCUAGUGGGUCCUUCGGGGGUUGGCGUGAAUGAGCUAAGGCGGCGGCUUAUUGGAAUGAACCCUCAUCAUUUUCAAAGUGCUGUACCUCACACCACUCGUGCUCAGAAGAGCUAUGAAGAGAACGGUCGUGAGUAUCACUAUGUAUCAAAGGAAACAUUUGAAAACAUGGUAUAUAGUCACAGAAUGCUGGAACAUGGGGAAUACAAGGGACAUCUAUAUGGCACCAGUGUUGAUGCUGUGCGGACAGUUCUUGAUGAAGGGAAGAUCUGUAUAGUGGAUUUGGAACCACGGGGUAUCCAAAUGGCUCGGACCCAUGAACUAAAACCCUAUAUUAUAUUCAUCAAGCCACCCAGUAUGAGUUGCAUGAGACAGUCUCGGAAAAACGCCAGGAUCAUUACAGACUAUUAUGUGAACAUGAAAUUCAAGGAGGAAGACUUGCAGGAGAUGGAGGAUUGUGCUAAGAAAAUGGAAGCUCAGUUUGGUCAGUUCUUUGAUCAAGUGAUUGUAAAUGACAACUUACAAGAGGCCUGUGUGCAGCUGCUGUCUGCAGUCCAUCAGGCACAAGAUGAGCACCAGUGGGUCCCUGCUACAUGGAUAUGUUCAGACACUCAGCCAUAAUUCUGAGAAGCAGGCAGCUUCCCAAAGAUGAUAUCUUAUGUUUUACCUCAAGAAUAAUCUUGUCAGAAUUGUAAGAAUAUAUCUUUGUGCGGAGAGAUUUCGCAGGGGGAUUAGGAAAAAAAACUAAAUAAGAUAAUCAUACUGUCUUCAUUGUAGUUCUUACAGCAACAUGUGAUGCUUAACAUCAGUUUUGUACCAAAAAAAGUGCUGUAGUCUCUCAGAAUUACAAAAAUAAAAGAUCUGUU